AUGUCAAAACUGUGUGGUUUGAACGUAGUUCAGCUAAGAGAAGAACUACAGAAACGAAGCCUUGUCACAAGUGGCAACAAAGAAGUACUAGUAGCACGUCUGAGAGAAGCUCUAAUUGACGAAGGUAAGAACCCAGACGAAUUCAAGUUUGAUGGUGCUGACGAAGACAAUGAAAUUAGUACAGGCACGUUUACAACCGCUAAAAUGAUGGAACUUCUGCUUGGUAUGUCAACUGAAAUGAAACAGAUCAAAGAACAGUCCGAACGACAGACAGAAGAGUUAAAACAACAGUCCGAACGACAGACAGAAGAGUUAAAACAACAGAUCAAGAAACAGUCCGAACGACAGACAGAGGAGUUAAAACAGAUCAAGGACCAGCAAAAACACGUAAAAUUGGAAGUGGCAGAACAGAUUGAAGAACAGUCAACAAGAAUAGAAAUGAUCGAGCAGAAACUUGAUCGUCAGACCGUUGAGGUAGAUCACAAGAUAGACAAAUUGAAGCGAGAAUAG